CAGCAACAGUUUUACAAACAGCAGCCUGCACAUGUACGACCUGCAAGAGAUUCCCGCCAGUAGGAAGUAUGUCGUUGAAGGUGAUGGUCGACUGCUCGAAGUGCAAGCUAUCGGUUUCAUCAAUCUUAGUUUCUUUCAGGAGGAUGAGAAUGGUGAAAAAACGACCAUGUGUGUAAAGCUCACUGACGUGUCUGUAGUAGAGAGCCUAAGCUUCAACUUGUUUUCCACGCAUGCUGUUUCUCGAAAGCAACAAAUCCUGCACGACGAGCGUGGUGCAACCCUUCAAAAUGGACUGCUCUUUGCUAGGGAGGAAAAAGCGUCUGCAGCAUAUGCCAUGCGGUUACCAUACGACCCAUCUGCGACUAUAGUAGACUCUGCUGCUUUGCCUGCAUUCGUGACUGCCCCCGAUUCCGCCCCCGCCGUUGGCUCCACGCGUUCCCCUUCCCAAAAAGGGGGCUCCGCGGAAUCAUUGGUGUCCGUGUUGCGUGUUCCUUCCGCAGGCUCUGCUACCGUAGUACCUUCGAGUGAGAGCGUCCCGCCCACUGGUCCCACCAGUGUAGUACCUGCGAGUGAGAGCGUCCCGCCCGCCGGCUCUGCCGACGUAGUACCUUCUUCGGCUUCCGAGUUUGUGUGUGUGGGUACUUUUCCUGGUAUGGAUCUAGGAGAUACGAGUGUGCUCACCGACGAGCAGCUCAUGGAUGGUUAUGAUGACACCCCAUAUCAAGAUUUUUUCCCCGUAUUUAUCCCAGAGAGUGACGCUGCGAAUGUGGCUGGUGUUUUGGAUAGCAUUGAUGGGGGUGCUGAUUUUGACUUGGGUGCGGCCGCGCUUGGCCCUGGUGCGUCCCCGUUUGCUCUUGGUUCGACUGAAAAGUCCGUUGACAUCAACCGCUUCCACCGCUCCCUUGCCCACGCUUGCGAGCCUCUUUUGAGAGAAACUGCCCAGCAGAGAGGCAUCGUGCUCACCGGCAAGCUGGAACCGUGCACGGACUGCAUGAAGGCGAAGGGCAGGCGAGCGUCGGUGCCGCGGGGGCCGGGAGCGCGGGCGUCCAAGCCUCUCGGGCGUGUUCACCUGGAUCUGUGUGGACCGCUGGUGCCUUCCCUGGGCGGCAACCUCUACCUGUUGGUCGCCGUGGACAGCGCCUCGCGGUGGAACAAGGUCUACGGUCUCCGGCGGAAGUCCGACGCGCUGGCGGCAACGAAAAGGCUGCUGGCGGACGUGGGGCGGUACGACCUCGGACGCAUCGAGUGUUUCCGCGUCGACAACGGCACCGAGUGGACCCGCGGCGAUUUCCGGCGCUUCUGCGACGACAACGGCAUCGGCGUCGAGUUUACCCCGCCUGGCGUCCCGCAAUACAACGGCGUCGUCGAGAGCGCCAUCUGGCGCAUCAUGAAGGCCGGCAUGGCCGCUCGCCGCAGNGGCGUCCCGCAGUACAACGGCGUCGUCGAGAGCGCCAUCUGGCGCAUCAUGAAGGCCGGCAUGGCCGCCCGCCGCAGCGCUGGCCGUGUGUUCGACGUCGACUUCGCCUCCAUCCCCGGCCUCGACGAGCGCGGUGACCGUCUUUGGAUGGAAUCGGCGAAGUGGGCCGCCGACGCUCUCAACCAGUCGGCGACCAAGGCCAACCCCGGGCGGCGCUCGCCGCACGAAAUGUUCACCGGCGAGCAAGGGCCGUUCCGCGUGCUGCCAUUCUUCCAGCCCGGCUUCAUGCGCGAGGAUUGCUGCACCAAGCUCGACGACCAGGCCACCCUCUGCUACUACCUGAACGGCGGCGAAAACCACCCGAGCGGCACCGUCAAGGUCCUCAAGGCGUCCACCGGCCGCGUCGUCUACACCAACAACGUGUCGUGGGUGACGUCGGCGCCAGCCGGCUAG